GGAGAAUAGCUUCAGCUUGUGUCAGUCUUGGUGGUGAUGUCAUUGCCGUGAGAGAGCUGCCGGCCGUUCCGUACUCCGCUGUGCAGCCUCAGACGCGGCGGGCUGUGAGCAGCCGGAGCAGCUCAGGUGCUGAGCUCCUGCGAGCCCCAGGGCCAGGCAGUAGCCCCUGCUGUUCUGUUCACAGCAAACCCCCACCUAGAGGCUCCUUCCGUCCAGCGCAACUCAAGGGGCCUAACUCUUUGUUGAAAAUUCAGGAGGGGGAAUGCCAGCCCCUAGCAUGGACUGUGAUGUUUCCACUCUUGUUGCCUGCGUGGUGGACAUCGAGGUCUUUACCAAUCAGGAGGUUAAGGAAAAGUUUGAGGGACUGUUCCGGACUUACGAUGACUGUGUGACGUUCCAGCUAUUUAAGAGUUUCCGACGUGUGCGAAUUAACUUCAGCAAUCCCAAAUCUGCAGCCCGAGCCAGGAUAGAGCUUCAUGAAACUCAGUUCAGAGGCAAAAAAUUAAAACUCUACUUUGCACAGGUUCAGACCCCAGAGACAGAUGGAGACAAGCUGCAUUUGGCUCCCCCACAGCCUGCCAAACAGUUUCUCAUCUCGCCCCCUGCAUCUCCUCCUGUUGGCUGGCAGCCCAUCAGCGAUGCCACCCCAGUUCUCAACUAUGACCUUCUCUAUGCUGUGGCCAAACUUGGACCAGGAGAGAAGUAUGAGCUCCAUGCAGGGACUGAGUCCACCCCAAGUGUUGUCGUGCAUGUGUGUGACAGUGACAUAGAGGAAGAAGAGGAUCCAAAGACUUCUCCAAAGCCAAAAAUCAUCCAAACCCGGCGUCCCGGCCUGCCACCCUCUGUGUCCAACUGAGCUCGCCACUCAGCCUCGAGGAUAUCUGUCUCCUCUUUAUCAUGCUUUUAUUUCCCCCUCCUGUUGUUUGUCAGAAAAAAAAAUGCCUUUAAAUCCCUGGGUGUUUGGUUGUUUGAGAUUCCUUCCUUGUAAUCAAGCCUCUCGGACAAAAGGGCUAGGAAAAGGUGAUACGUUUCCUGAUCAUAUCAUACCCAUCAAGUAUAAUCCAUUAUUUAGAAAGUUCUAGAGGAAAAAAAAGGUAGUAUUUUCUUAUUAAGCAAUCAGUACAGCCUAUAUCUUCAUUCUCUCAUGUUGAUCCAAGCCAGAGACAUCCGUAACAAAUAGCACCUGUGUUGUCUGUGAGCUGUUUCAGUCCCAGUUCUGACUGUGCGCUGUUUUUUCCUGGCCACUUCAGUAGGACCAUAAGUAAACCUGACUUUGACUGCAUGAGAUACCCCUAUCUGGUCUCACUCAGUCCUCUGCAUCCCAACAUUCCCAGGAUAUGCAUGAUCACCAGCAUUUAUUUUCAUGAUUUGAGGAUGUACUAUAACUCACAGAUAGUCAGCAUCCAGCCAUGUCCUAUCUAGGGUAGGAAAAUUAUCAGUAUCAUCCAGCUGAAGAAGUCUGGGUUUAUUCACCAUUUUGAGUCAAUACUCCAUAGUUCUGGUAAAAUUCCUGGAGGCAAAACUGAGCUUGGCCCCAAAGAUAUUCCGUAGUAGAUUUUGAACAUCAUUUCCAUCUAGAACUUUCCCAGCCUCGUUGGGGAGGCUUGUCCAGGGUGACAGAGAGCGACUUCAGACGAACCUAUUUAUUACAAAAGUUUCAUGGUGUCUGAACGAUUGUUUUUUUCUCUUUGUAUAUUUGUACAAAUGUUUCAGCUGUGCUUUUAAAAUCUGGAUGUUUUUUAUUUAGUGAUUGUUCAGCUGUUAACUGCUUAAAAGCAUAAUAUGUGCAUUGCUUAUGAAUGCAUUCAUAUAUUAAUACAUAAAGUGAUAAUAUUAUACUCUCUUAUGGAUAAUGCUGAAUUUUGAAAGGGCACAAAACUUCUCAUGCCAAUAUAUAAAUGAUUAGCCAAUAUCUUUACUAUCAAGACCACUUGUUUUUAAAUAAAGAUGCAAGUGUCGGUUGUAGACAAUUUGGAUGAAGCUAAAUCUCCAGAAAAUAGAAGCUAUUGAGCAUACUAAAAGGGAAAGUAUGAAAAAUAUCUGCCAGCCAACUCAUGCAAUGCCUAUAUUGCUCAAAAACUUAUUUGUUUCCAUUACAUGUGAUUUUUCUAUUUCUCUAGCCCAAAGUGCAUUACAGAAGAUACACCUAUAGAACCAUUACCUUCUGCUAUAGUGCCAGGCCUCAUCUACUCCUGAACAUUAAAAAAAAAAAAAUUACUUUAGACGCAAUUGCCAAUUACGAUCGAGUGGGAAAAUAUUUUCUUUACCCAAGCCUCAGAAAAACACACAGGAAAAAUAACAUAGCCAACUUAUGGGAGGAUUGUUGUGGUUUUUGACUAAGGUGUAUGUUAGUUUUAUCCGAAACUUAAAACGUAGACUGAUCACUCAGAAAUUAAAGUCCGUUCUACUGUGAAUAUAGCAAUAUAGUACUGGACACAGUACAGGUGAAACUGAGGACCGCAUUGCUUGUAAACAUCCUAAGUUUCCGUUUUUAAAAACAUGAAGGCUCCUUUUAAAAAUAAAAUCUGAGGAGUGUAUGAUAAGCAAAUGCUUUGGCUUUCCUUUGCUGUGGAAGUUUUUGAAUUUUUCUUGACAAAUGAAAGACUAGAUUUUAUAUGGAGAAACUCUGCCCCCUAGUGGAAGUAAUAUUGUCCUCAAUAUUGAGAGCCACAACAGCCGCUUGCAGCCAUUUUGUGCUGACUAUAGUCUCUGGUGAGUCUUGACUUUUUAACCUACCCAGUAUUUUCAGCCGGCGGCCUCUCAGGAAAUCUCAGUGAGCAGAAAAGAAAAUGAUUGUUAACUGUUUUCUUCUAUUUCAGGCCAAAUUGAGUGGAAGUUGAAAUCAUCGUGUGUGUAGUUGUAAAAUUAAAAAAUAAUAAUAAGUGGUUGUAUAGUGUAAAUGAUCAGCCUUGAAAAAAAAAUUAUCCAAAAGUGUCAAUGAUAUUCUCUCUGAGAUCAGGUCAUUCUUCCAUUAGGUGGGGUUUGGGGAAAGGUCCAGGAGCUUUUCUCAGGAAAGAAGAAACGCAUAGGAUUCUGAGUUGUUUCUGUGGAACCUCCUAGCACUGUGAAAGUCAGAAUUGCCUCAGCAUUUCCAUGACGCACAUUAUGCAAACCUCUUUAGCACUAUUUUAAGUUUGAAAAGUUUUAAAAUGGAGGGGAAGGGGGAGAUUUCCACCAACUGAAUCAUUUGUGCACGUGUAUAGCUCAAAGAGCUUAGACUUCAAAUAUAUCUGGUGAAUGAA